UGGAAGGUGAAUAAGAAUAAACAACACUAGUAGUCUAGAACUGUAUUCUCCACUAUCAUCAUCUCUACCUACUGCUCUCUCUCCUUAUCUUCUCACCCAAAUCCUCCCCACCCCAUCAAAACCAACCCAUGGAGAGCUUAAUUUCCGAGUUCAACUACCUCUCCGACCAGUCCCUCAACAACAAGAACUUCGACCCCUCCACGAUCGAGCACCUCAUGCACCUCUUCGAGCUCGAGUCCUACAAAGCCUGGGCCUCCCUCGAUCAGACCUUCUCCGAGGAGCUGCAAGACUCCGAGACCUCGCUGGUGGAGGCGGAGGAGUAUUUGGAGUCUGCGAUGGACCGGGCGAUGCGGGAAUUUGAGAUAUUCGAAGAGGAGAUGGAGAGGGAGGGUGAGAGGGAGUUUAGGGGAUUGGUGGAGGUGGCGGAGAAGGCGAGGAGAGUCGGCAGGAGUAUGGAGAAGGCGGCGAAUUUUGCGUCGAAGAAGUACGUGGAGGCGGCGUUAAAUGCUGCUGGGAAUUCGAUGAGGUCGGCGGUUAAGGCUGUUACUAAUGCUAAGAAGGUUCAUCCGUCGUAAAUCAAAUCAAACGUGUCCGGUAUAUUUAAUCGUGUCCGAUACAAAAUUGGGACGGAGGGAGUAUGAUUUAUUCUGGCUGAAUUGUUCUAUGUUUCGAUGAAUUUAUAUGAUUUCUACUUUCGUGUUUUGUGUAAUUUCAGAUUUUAUGAGUCGAAUAAACAUGAGAAUGUUUUGAGUUUUUUUA